UAGGAAAAGACACGCCCCCAAACUUCAGUGUUAAUACGUUCCUGUUUGUCUGCGAGGUUUUUUACACAGCAUGUGAAAGUGCCAGCGACAGUACUGAGUGGAUUCGGGAUCUGAAGAUUUAUGGAGUUGAAUUUUGCAGUUUUGAUUUCAGUUCUAAUUCUUUAGACAUUUUAUUUUUGGCGACAUGAACAUCAGCAGCGGAUUUUCGGACAAAGAGCUCACAGCUCUCUCUUCCGUGUACGUCUCCUGUCUCACCUUAAGUGUAAAUGGGAGCUGCUCUGUGUUCAUUGCAUCGAUUGUAAAGAGAAAAAACCUCAAUGAACAGGCGAAGCCUCUAAUCCAGCUGGCUCUUGCAGACCUCUUGGCGUCUCUCUGCCUCUUCGUCACGUCUGUGUUGAACUUUGUGCCGUCUGGAGCAGUGAAGAACAGUCAAGUGUUGUGUAGCGCAGGAUUAGCUCUGUCACUGACAUUUUAUUACGUCUCUUUCCUUCUCGUCAUUGUUUAUGCCUUUGAGUCAAUGCACAGCAUUCAGGGAUGGAGGGAGGAAGAUGAGGGAGUGUCAAGACAUCAGGACAGCAGCACGAGGACGAGGAGGAAGAUGAUCGAUCUACUGUAUGUACUGGUGUGGCUGUUACCUGUGAUUGGGUAUGUGAUCUACAUCAGAACAGUGUCUUUCACAUUGACGCCUCUUCAUCCGUCACAUCAAGGCUUCAAGUCUAAACAAAGUGUUUGGCCCAACACUCAAUUCUGCAGCAGAUGCAUUCUUUUCAUCCAACUGCACAUUGAUGAUGAUGAUGUCUGUUCCACUGUGGAUCUAAAACAUAUUAAGUAUAUCAAGAUUUUCACUUUUACAAGUGUGCUGUUUGGCCUCAUCUGCUGUACUCUGAUGUACUGGAGACUCCAGGUGAGAUUGAGGCGUUAUGAACAGGACGGUGUGAGGAGAGCAGAGAGGAUCUGGUCCUCAGCCAGGUACAUGAUCCUCAUCAUCAUCCUCUGCUGGAGUCCAGCUCUUUUGCUGAUUGGUUUAUCAUUCAUCUGCUCAAAGAUGGACAGAUUGUUUCCUCUCUUCAUUAUACAGGCUGUGUCAGUGUCUCUUCACGGAUUCCUCAACAGCAUCGUCUAUGCCUGGAGACGCCGUAACUUUCGAGAAGCUGUGCUUGGGGAGAGAAUGCCUCUGCUGGCUUACACACACCGAGCUUUCUUUGACCAAUCGCUGUGAAAGGAAACAGAGGACACAGGAAGUGCACAGAAUUCAUUUCAGUCAUUCAGAGGCUAAAUAUGUUGAAGAACAACUGAAACAACUCGAGGUACAGAUCAUGCAGGAGAGAUUUGAUCCACUGUGGUGAUUUAUUAUGUCUGCAUGAACUUGAGUCCUAGGGUGCUAAAACUUAUUACAGGUGUGUGACAGAUAUUAAAAAUUGACCUGUUAGCAAGUGUAGAUAUGUGUGUAAAGGAAAAGUUAUCUAAUAUAUUUUAUUAUGAGCGUGAACAUGAUUUUAAUAAUCUGCAGCUCAGAAACAGCAGCAUGAGCGACUCUGAACUUCAGAAACUCCCUCCGUCUGAACACUGAACACUGAUCACUGAAUACUGAACACUGAAUACUGAACACUGAAUACUGAACACUGAAUACUGAACACUGAAUACUGAACACUGAAUACUGCUGAGACCUUCGACUCUGAUCACGACUCUGAAAUGUGUGAGAAUAACAGACUGAGUGUUCUAAUUAUAAUGUAAAGCACCUUUUUCUAUUUUAGUGGUUAAUAUUGUUUUAUUCCUUUGCUGUGUGAGAUGUAUUAUAGUUAAUGAGCUUCAAAUGAAACAUCAUUAAGCAUUAAAUAAAUACCUCACAUUAAAUUUAACAUGUAUGUUGGCAAUAAAUAAAUAAAUAAAUAUAUAUAUUUGAGCUUAUUGUGUAUUAUAGUAAAAUUAGAACUGAUUUACUUUUAAUUUAUGGAGUAUAUUUUAUAACAUACAGUAAUGUUCUCUUUUUUCUCUUCCUGUAUCUGAACUUUUGUCACUUGUUUUUUUUCAGAUGUUUAUUUUAUUAACACAAUGUGUGUGUUAUUUUUUUAAUAAAACACAAGGCACUGUUCACACUCCA